AUGGCAGAUUUGCAUUUAUUUGAAAAAACUAAAAGAAUUGAAAUUGAAGUAAUUGGGAAAAGGCUAAUAGAUAUUCACAAAUCAGUUGCAUCAAAAUUAGCUUGCUCAGAUAUUUUAAAUAAAGAAGAGAUAAUAUUUUGGUGGAAAAAAUGUGAUGUACAUGUAACAGACAUUAAGAAGCAUGUAACACAAUUUUUUGGUUAUUAUAAAAAUUUUUCGAUUUGUAAUGAAAUAAAUAUAUUAAUUGGAGAAUAUUUUAUAUAUUUAAUUGUAUAUUUAAAAAAUUUAAAAAAAAAAAAAACGCCUUUUAAGGUAAUUAAUUUAUAUAUAUUUAACAAUAAUAAAUGGAAGCAUGUGCUGAUUUAUAAUUUUUUAAAAGGGAUAUUUUUAAACGAUGAUGGAGAUAAUGAUUAUUGCAUGAAUUAUAAAACUUUAGUUAUUGAAUAUUUAAUAAAUAAUUAUGAUAUAUUUAACAAUAGUAUAAGCUUUUUUUACACCAAUAUAUUAAAAUAUAUUAACACGAAAUUACAAAUAAAUUUUUCAACAAAAAAUCAAAAUAAUUUAAAUGUUUAUGCAAAUUUUUUAAUUACAUUUAAUAGCACCGCGACACUAGAAUUAACUUAUGGCAUGCUUAAAGUAUUUUCUCUCAUUUCAAAUAAUUUAAAACAUAUAUUAUUACAAUUUCCUUUUGAUAAAGACAUAUGUACACAUGUGUGCUUAAUAUAUCAACAAGUAAAGAAUAUUAUAAUUAAUUAUGAAAAGCAUAUACUUAACAUCUUAAGAGAAAAUGUGUAUUCUAAUUAUAUUAUAAAAGAUUGCAAUUUUGAAAAGGAUUAUUCUCCAGCAGAUUGUAAAUCUAAGAUUGAUCAGAAAACGUCGGAUAAUAAUUUUGUGUAUGAUAUAAAUAAAGAAAAAAUAAAUGACGAUAACAAAGAAACAAUUUUAGACAUAUCGAAUUGUGCAGAAAAAUAUAAUGAAAAAAAUGAAGUUAUCCAAAAUACGUACAUCAGUAAACUUGAGAAUGAGUACGAAGAAUCUCGAAAAAAUGAAUGCUUAAAAAAUAUAGGAAAUGAGAUAAGCGAGACCAAAAGCCUUGCCAAUAUCGAACUGCUUAAUAAAUAUUUAUUUUUUAUUACAAAAAUAAAAAAGUUAUUACGAGAAUGUGAUAAUGUCAUUAAGAAAAAAAAAAGUGAAAAUCCCUUUUUGACUUUGUGUAAAUAUCGAAGUAUUUUAAUUAUAAAAUACAAAUAUGUGAAAAAUAUUACUAUCGAUGAUAGUUUUUAUUAUUUUAUGUUAUUUUUUAAGGUAAAAAAUUUAUUAAAUGAGUGUAAUAAAAAUCCAUUUAUUAUUUUUUUAUGUAUAGAAACUAUAAAUUAUUGGAUCCAAAAAAAUGACAAGUUAAAUUAUGUUUUUGAACUUGGCGCAGAUUGCUAUUUAAAAAAUAAUAGUUUUGAAAAUAAUGAUUUAUCUUAUAAAUCCCAAGAAUUGUAUCAAGAUAAAUAUGCAGAAAACUGUUUAUUGAACAAAACAAAUAGUGGUAUAUCCCAAGUAGUUAUAAAUGAAAAAUUAAAAAUUCAUCCAGAACAAAGUUGUGAUUUUAGCAAAUCUAAUUUAUAUGAAAAAUGUCAAAAUGAUGAAUCCUAUUUUUUUAAGGAAAAUUGUGACAGUGAUAAAAACAAAUAUGAUUUAUGUAAAAGACAAAAUAAUUUAAAAAAUGUAAAUGAUACUAUAGUGAAUUUUGUACAAAUAAAAGACAAAAAUACUUAUGAUAUAGAAGGAGGAAUUGAUAUUCCUAAUAUGAACUAUUUAAACGAUAAUAUAAUUUCUAAAAAAAUAAAUGAACUUUUUUCCAUUGAAACAAAUGCUGAAAUAAGCUAUUUAAAAAAAAUGUUUAAAAAUUUUAAUUCAGAUGAGUGUAAAAUUAAUUUUUUAAAAGAGUUAUAUAAAAUAAUUAUUAAUAAUAUAUUGUCAAUAUUAAAAAAAUAUUCCUGGUAUAAUGUAAAAAUAAUAUGGAGAAGUUGUAUAAAUGUUUAUGAAUCUUUGCUUACUAGUAAAAUAACAAAGUUUAUAAAAAAUGAUAUUUAUAAUAGUUUAUCGUAUAUCAUAUUUAACCAAGACAAAAAAAAGAAAUACCUAUGUUUAUCCUUGUUAUUAAAGUAUUUCAAAAAUUCAAUGUGUGAACAAAAUGUGCUAGAACAUUUGUUCUAUUGCUUUUUUCUUAAUGACGAUUAUUUUAUGUUUAAUUUAUAUGAAUUAUUAAAACAAUGUAUUAAACAUAUAUUUAAUAAUUCAGAAGACAAAUACUUGUUAUAUUAUAUAUUUAUAAAAAACGUUUUAAUAACUAACAAUUUUUAUAUGAAAACAUUUUAUAUAAAAAAAUUUAUUGAAUUGUUUUAUAAAAACGAUAAUAAUUAUUUGUAUUUUGUGUUAAAUAAAGAGUAUUUCCAUUUGAAACCAUAUUUCGACAAAUAUAAUGACAAUACCAAUAUAGUCGGGGCAAAUAAUCAAAACAAUAACGAUAACAAUGUAGAAACGUUUAUGCACCUUAAUAAACUGUCAGAUUUGAGGAAUAUUAGAAUGAACGAGCAAUAUUUUCAAUUUGUAAAAUUACGUUUGUUAGAAAAUACAAAAUUUGAAAAAAUAAUAUAUGAUAACUUGAUAUAUAAUAAUGAAGACAAUAUUUUUUUAAAUUAUAAAGUUAUUAAUUUUAAGAGGGCGCACUAUGAUAAGAGUAAACUAGAAUCAGGAGUAAAGGAGGGAGAAAAUGAAAAUGGAAAAUAUUUAUUAUACAAUUUUAGCUCCAUAGAAAAUAUUAUGUAUCUUGAAUUAUAUUUAUUGUGUACAUUAAGGAAAUAUGAACUCGUUGAAUUAGUUAAUUAUAAAAACGAUUAUUAUUAUGAAUUAAAUGGGAAUUUCUUGUUAAAUGCAAACACAUUAAAUAGAUUUUUUUAUUUUUCGGACGAUGAAGUAAUAUUACCUAUUUUAUCAUUUAUAUGUGAAAACAAAUAUUUAAAUUUGGGAGAUCUAUAUUUAUUUUUAACAUUUUUAAAUACUUCAAUAAAUUGCAUAUCGAGAACAAGCAGAGAUUCAUAUAGAAAAUACAUUAUCUUAUUUUUUGAUAAGUUUUUUAUUUACUAUCAAAGAAUGAUAGAACUUGGUAGGAAAAUGAGAAAAAAAGAACAUGAACAUAUAAGAAGUUGCAAAGAAAGUGAAAAAAUCGGAAAAAACAAACAACGAUGCAAUGAUAAAAAUAUCAAAAAAAUUGGGGAAAAUGUUUAUACCAAUUUAGAUAGUUUAGAAAAACCGUUAAAGUUUUUAUUCGGUAAUAUAAAUGUGAUUGAUAAAAGUUAUGAGACUCAUUGUAAUGAUAAUAAUAUUUUAAAAAAUGUAUAUUCUACUUGUAUAUUCCAUUCAUCCAAUAACAAUAAAUACUUUAAUGAGAAAGACGAUAUUUUUCUGUAUAAUUAUUACUUAAUGAAUAUAAUAUUUAUUUUGUUUAAAAAUACAAAUAAAGAUAUGGGAAUAGAAGCUUCUGCUUAUUGCUUCGAUAUAUUAAACAUAAUAAUAAAUUAUUGCGCACAUUUUGAAAAUAUAAAUUUUUUUUUCUUUCUUUUUAAUAUAAACACAACAUGGAAAGAAUUAUAUUUAAUGUCAAAAGAAUUGUUCUUUAAAACGGUGAGUAUUAUUCUGAUAAGACAACAAAAAUUUAAUUGGUUAAAUAAUUUGAUUCCAUCGUUAAUUAAAUCACAUAAACAAGUGGACCACGCAUUUUCUACAGUAUUGUUGAGAUUGUGUUUUAUAUCGUUAAACAUCAAUGAUCGCAUAAACGAAAAGAAGACAUUUUUAUUAUUUGACAAUAAUUUUGAAAAGAAAAAUUAUAAUAUUAGCAAUCAACCAGAUCAAUAUAAUAAUCCUAAUAUAAUAAUUUUAAAAAACGACAGUUCCAAGCUUCAUGUUAAUAAAAACGUUUAUCCUAGCAAUUUUUUUAAUUGCUAUAUAAAAUUUGGAGAUAUUAAAAAUAUAAAGGAAAACAAUAUCCAUUUAAGGGGCUAUAUAAACUACUUAUUUAAUGAUAAUGAAGGGUAUAACAUGGCUAGAAAUAUUCCAUUAUAUAUUUUAGAAAAUUUUAUUAAUAAAAUAAAAAAAGAAAAUAUAGUGAAAUUAAAAAAAUGCAAACAUAUAGAAAAUUGUGAAAUGUAUAAGUUAGCUUAUUAUCUUAAUGAGUUUAUAUUAUAUUUAAAAGAAAAUAUAAAUUUUGUCAAAAAUAUUGUAGAUGAAGAUUUUUAUAAAUUUUUUUGUAAAAUUAGCAUAUGCAACAUAAGGUCAUACUUAAAUUUUGAUAAAUUAAAAACAAAAUAUUCAUUAAAUAAUGAUAAUAGUGCAUCAUCAUAUAAUUAUUUGAUCUUUCUAAAAAUUUACAUUUGCAAUAUUUUGCACAAUUUUAUGAACUAUUUGAAUUUUUUAUUUUUAAAUAAUUCAAAUGAUUUUCUUUUUGAUUGCCGAGGGCAUAUACUUUUUGAAAAAGAAAAUGAGCAAGAAGCCGCAUCAAUUAUUAUUUGGUUAUCCAUCAAGUAUAUAUGUAUUUUGAUUACGUCAAUAAUUGAUUUCUCAUUCAUAUUUAAUAUACAUUACAACAGAAAAAAUGACAAAAUUGUUUUAUCACAAAAUGGCUUAAAUGGAAUUGGAAGCAACUCGAAGGAAAAUAAAAUUAUAGAAGAAAAAGGAAAUAACAGUAAUGAUGAAGAAACGAAACCAAAUUUAGAUAACAGAAAAGAUACUCCAAUAUUUUUCUUUAGUAGCACGGAAAUUCAUUAUAUAAUUCAAAACCUUUUGAGUUUAUUAUUAUAUUCUAAGCACAUUGCUUGCCAGCAAUAUUUGUCUGACUGCUUAUUAAACAUUUGUAAAAUAAUAACCCAAACAUAUGAAGAUAUGCAAACAAUUCCGUUAUUUUAUAUAUAUUUCAUUUUACUUAUAUUUAAAAAGGAGAAUAAUAUAAUUGAAAAAAAUAAAGAGAAAACAGACAUAUGUAAUGACAAUGAGAUAAACAAUAAUUUAGAAAAGGACACAGAAAAAUGGAAUUAUGAUAAUAUUAGUUCGAAUAAUAGUGAUGAUAAUAAUGAUGAUAUUGUAUAUACUCAUAAAAUAAAGGAUAAAGGAUAUAAUAAUCCAUUUUUAAAUAAAAUUAUUAGUAAACUAAACAUUAUUUUGUCAUCUAAAAAUUUUAAUGAUAUUGACAUAAAUGAGUUAUUGUCAUCUGAUUUUUUUAAAGGUAUAUUUAGAAUGGGAAAUGAUGAUAAAUGUGAAUUAAAAGAUAAAAAAAGGAAAGGUAGAAAAAUUGACGAUGUUAAUUGCGACAACUAUUUUGAAAGAGACAAUCAAUUCAAAAUAAACGAGAAAUUAAAAAUUUUGUUAAUUGAUAAUAAUAAAGUUAACAUAAAUUUUUUAAGAAAAUCAAAUAAUGUUUGUUUAGCUUUAAUUUCGUUAGCUAAAUCGUAUAAAAUAAAAGAUCAAUGUAUUAUAUAUAACUUUAUAAUACGAGUUAUUACUAACUAUUUGCAUAAUGGCAAUAAUGAAUUUAAAAAAGUUAUUUCCUUAAACGUUAUAAAAUAUAUUUACACUAUCAUAGAUAGCAAAACUUUAUAUGGAUAUAUUAAUGAUACAUAUAAAAUAUCACUAAUGUAUUACAAGAGCAAAUUUUUUUGUCUAAAAAGUUCAAGUAUGUCUUUGUAUAAUAUUUUAACAAAGCGUUUAUUAGCAAAGCUUAAUUACUCUUAUCAUGUAUCGUCAAAUAUGUAUUAUUUUUGUACAGGGAGCAAAUCAAGAUUAUUUAAAAAUAUUAAUUUAACAUUUUUUGAUUUACUCAACUCUGUUAAUUUGUUGAAAAUAUUUUUAAGCAUAUUUAUGAAAAAGUGUAAAUUAUUAAAUGGGCAUUUUUUUAAUACAAAAAAAUGCAUGGCAUUUUUUGAUUAUUCAAAUAUGUAUGCCGAAUUUAUACCUAUAUUAGCUUUCCUUUCAAACAUUAUAAUUUUUAACAAUGAUGAUUAUUUUUUACUUUAUAAUAAUAAAGGUGAUUUAUCCUGUAUAAGUAAUAUGAGCACUAUUUUCAAAAAAGAAUAUUAUAGAGAGCCUGAUAUAAAUAAUGAAUAUGAUCAAUAUAUUCUAACAAAAAAUAAUAACUGUAAUGAAUAUGAAAAUAAUGAUGAUAUUGACAGUAUAGACAAUAUAAAGAGUAAUACAAAAAAUAUGGGCAAUAUACAUAUAUAUUUCUUAUUUAUAAAAUAUUUUAAAAAGUUGUUAAAUUAUGGUAAUUAUUUUGUUCAAUCAUUAAUAUGCAGAAUAAUUGUUAAUAUUUAUUUGCAUAUUUACUUAAAAUUAAAGAAAGUAAAAUUAAUUUUUAAUUUUUUAGACAAAGUAAUAACAAAUGUUGGACAAAAUAAUGACAGCGAUAACAAGAGAAAAAACAAAAAUCACUAUUUCCUAUUAUUAAUCGAAUUUUGCAAGAGAAAGGAAAUACAAGCAUUAAUUGAUGAAAAUAAAAACAAAUUUAAAAACAUUUUUUUUAAGCUUUUAUAUAUAUUUAUAAAGAGCACAAAUUACUCAGAAAUGUUGUUAAUUCUACAAAAUUUAAAUAUUCUGUAUAAAAAGAUAUCGUUAUCAAUAAAUAAAAAUAUAGUCUUAUUACUGUUUAAUAAAAUGCAAUUGUAUAAUAAAGAUAUGUUUAUAUCAGUACUAAUAAAUCAAUUUCUAAUGAAAAUAUUAAAAAAUAUAAAUAACUUUGUAGCAAUUCUAGACAUAUAUGUAUCGAACAAGAAUGAAUAUCAUAUUGAAGGCUUUUUAUACAAUUGGGUAUUAAAUAUUAAAAAAAACGAGAAAAAUGAAUUCAAAAUAAAAGAACAUAAAUUAAAUAAAUUAUCAUGUUAUAAUACUUUUAAAUUUUUCUCAAAUUAUAUAGAAAAACAAAAUAAAAAUGAUGUUGCUUCAGUAUUUAGUGCAAAUGAUAAAAGUUCAUGUUACGAUAAAACUAUAUUUUCUCAAAAUUUAGACAAUACUUUAUAUAAUAAAAAUUUGCAUGAAUAUAAUAACAAUACAUCGAAUUACGAUUCAAUCGACGAAAGGGUUUAUAUUUAUCUGUAUUUAUUAUUGUUUGAAAUAAUGAGGACGUAUAAAGAUAAUAUAAAAAUAAUUAAGUAUUGUAUUAGAAUAAUAUUAACUAUCAUAAAUUUUAUUUCUCUUGAGAAUUUAAUGCUAUUUGAAAGAAUGCAACAGUAUUAUAUGAAAAAUAUAAAUAAAAAUUAUUUAGACAAAUAUAUAAUUUCGUAUAGUUAUCUUAUAUGUGUAAAAUAUUAUACUGAAAAUGACAAUACUGAAGAAAUAGGAAAACAAAAAAAUGGCAUUUCUGAAAAUGAUUUCAUUAAAAAUAUUAUAGAUUAUGUAGAUAAUGAAAAGAAUAAAAUAAUUUCUUGCCUAAAUCAGAAUAAAGAUAAUUGCAUUAUUAACUAUGUAUAUUUUUAUUAUUUACUUUUUAUAAACUUUUUUUCAUUUUUUUGUAAUAAAAAUUCUAUAACAUAUAUGAAAUAUUUUGCACGGGUUUUUCAAAAUUAUGGUAUAAUAGAGUAUAAUUAUAAUAUUAUUUUAAAGAAAGAAGAAAAAUUAAAAAAAAUUGAAAAUAAUAAUCAAUCUACAUCCAAUAUAAAUGAGAAAUCAAAUAUAUCAAAAUACUAUUAUAUGACAAAUAAAAUUCAUAACAUGUAUUUUCAAAAUAAGGAAAAUAUAACAAAAUCUAAUUAUUCUACAAGUAGUAUUAAUUAUGUUCAUUGUAGUAAUGAUUGCAUAAAUGAUCAAGAUGACUCAAAUUGUAAUAUAUUUAAAAAUGAAUCACAGAAAAAUUGUAUGAGAAAUGAGAAAUUCGAAAAUUGGUAUAAUAAUACCCUAAACAAAUAUAUAAGAGAAAUAGUAUAUAAAAAAUCAUUAAGUCAGAAUAUUACAUGCGAUUUUAUUUAUAUAAAAAAUCCUUUAAAGCAUCUUAAAGAUUAUAACUUAUUUACAAGUUUUUUUAUUGUAUUAUAUAGUUGUUUAAUAUUCAUGCUAAAUGAUGAAAAUGAGGCAAUAAGAUAUCAAACAAAAAUUACAAUAAUACACUUUAUGAAAAAAAAUGUAUUAAAUAUUUCAAACAAUAUAAAAGAUAUAACAUGCGCUGAGCUUUUUAUAUAUUACAUAUCACUCUAUUAUAACAAAAUAGCAGCAUAUGUGUUAAACUUUUGCAUUCAUCAAGUCAAAAAUUGCAUUAACGAUUCCUUGUAUUAUAACCCACCAAAACUAUUUGAUCAAGAAAAAUACAAUCUAUACAUAAACAAUAUAUUACUAAAUCAUUUAUUUAUGUUUUAUUAUAUCUAUAACAUUCAUAUAAUAACUGAAAAAAAUACGAUGAGUUAUAUUGUGAAAGAUGCAGAAAUGAAGAUCGAUUUUAACAAUUUUAUUGAUUCUUUGCACAAUCGAAAAAAAGACAAAAUCGUUAAAAAUGUAAAUAUAUCGACACUAUCAGCUGAAUUAAAUAAAUCAUUGAAUGCAAUGAAAUCACACAAUCCUGAUCUGUAUUUAUUAAAACAUCCCAGAGUAUGGGAAAAUAUAAUUACCAAUUUAAUAAGUUUUAGAAGCAAGAAGUUUAGCACCAUAUAUAAUAAUAACAAUGAAUAUAUAUUUAUAAAACUUUUCUUGUCAUCAUUAAGAUUGAAUUAUAUUUCAAAAAUUAAAAAAAACUUAGAUGAUUAUUUACUUUUGUUACAAUCUAAUAAAAAUAUAGAUUUGUUUGAUUCGAAUUUUAUUAUUUGUUUAACUAAUUCAUUCAAUAAAAUUAUUAUUCUUUUAAUAAAUAUUUAUAUAUUUUUUAAGAAUAAUAUAAAUUUGUAUUACAAUAGUUAUUUUUGUGAUGAAGUAGAAAUUAUAAAAAAUAAAUUAUCUUCUAUUUUUGAUAUAUUUAAAUUAAUAAAAUAUGAGACUAAUCCUUUUUUAUUAAAAACAAUGGAAAUCUUAUUAAGCAUACUAACUAAUGCAUAUUUGAAAAAUGAGCGUUUUUUUUCGGAUAUAUACACAUUAUUAUAUUCGUUGAAAAUGACUAUGUAA